CUUGAAGGUACUCGUAAGUGCGGAGGCGCAUAGGCAUUUGAGAUAGAACGGGGAGUCGUACUUAAAAGCCGGAAUCUUAUCGAAAUAUUGCUUGGGCUGGACUCAACACUAAAUCAUAAGACGAUACACCGACACGAACUUAUUAGCACGGCAUCAUUCGACUCUUAAGGCAGCGCCUUGGGUCCCACCAACAAGUGCUCGUGAACGACUAGCGGAACGACCUGCUACGAAUGAUCUUUUUUUUCUAUCAAUAAUAAUAUACCUUUCGCAAGUUUCUUGGUCGCUCUGGCAAACACCCAAAGCAUCAGACACCAUGUCUUCUGUAUAUUUACAGCAAGCAGCCAUGGUAAGCUCGGUGCCACAAAAGCCGGAAACCUUCAUGCUCAGCCCCGAAGCCCAACAAGCAUUGCCUCACGAUGCCCAAGUGGCUUUACAACAAGUUGAUAAUCUGAAGUAUUUCCUUAUAUCGGCGCCUGUGGACUGGCAGGGUGACCAGUACAUUCGACGUUUCCUAUUACCGACAGGUGAAUAUGUUUCCUGUGUGUUAUGGAACAACCUAUUCCAUAUCACUGGCACAGACAUUGUGCGAUGUCUUUCGUUUCGAUUUCAGGCUUUCGGCCGUCCCGUGAAGAACUCCAAGAAGUUCGAGGAGGGUAUAUUUUCUGAUCUUCGAAACCUCAAAUCCGGAACAGAUGCCUCUUUGGAAGAGCCCAAGAGUACCUUUUUAGAUUUCUUAUACAAGAACAACUGCAUUCGAACGCAGAAGAAGCAGAAGGUCUUUUACUGGUACAGCGUACCUCACGACCGCCUUUUUCUCGACGCUCUGGAAAGAGAUCUUAAGAGAGAGAAGAUGGGACAAGAAGCUACCACGAUGGCUGUCAAUGAACCGGCAUUGUCGUUCCAAUAUGACUCUUCGCAAUCUCUCUACGAACAAUUGACGAAGGCCCAGCAAGCCAAUUCGUCAUCCUUUAGCGCCCAGCAAGCGUCUUAUUCUCAGCCUCAGGUCCAAUCGCCAGUAAUAAGGACAAUGGAUUCUAUGCCUCCCCCACAAAUGAUGCCUCAAUCGAUGGCCCCUUUAGGGGAUGGGAUGGACACCAUGGUAUCGUACAACACGAUGACGGCCAUGGCCCCCGCUAUGCCCCAUCAGGUCCAGCAGAUGAUCAAGAGAGAACCUGACUACAGCCGCGUGCAAUACACCCAGAAUGGUGUACCAAUGACUCACAACCACCAACGCCAUGCUUCAAUGCCGGCUUACGGUCUCGAGUACUCGCCUGCCCCCUCGUUUGUUUCUUCGCAUUACGAAGAUUACAGCAACCGAGGCAUGUCGUUCGAACCGAUCACGCCUCCUCAGCAAGCACUAGGAAUGGGUGCUGAACCGGCCUAUAUUGCAAACGAGGAGACGGGACUGUACACUGCGAUUCCCGAUCACAUCAACGGCCUGAACGCGAUGAUGCAGUUGCCACCCUCUAACUUGGCCGGACCGCAGUUUUCCCGUGCUUAUGGCGCCAAUAAUGUAUACUCUGUUAUUGAAGGAUCGCCGACAUACAAACAGAGGCGGCGGCGUUCAUCCAUUCCUCCUUCAAUAUCGGCUAUCGCAGCUGCAACUGCUCAAGCUCAGGCCGCUGCUCACCAAUCUUCGAAUUUAAGGAGGUCGGUUUCGGCGUCGGUCGGCCCUGUGGCAGAGGGUGACGAGUCCCAGAGCAACUCUCCCCCUGGUCUUUCAUACAGCAAUUCAGUCAUCUCUUUCACCAACCAGCAACACAUGGAGAUGUCCAGGCAUGGCACCCCCUUGUCGGCUGUGGAAGGUAGUCCCGCUUUAAACCCAAUGUCUUUACAGCGACAAGACUUCGCUCAGUUCGCGACUGAUGAUCUGAGUGGCGACGGUUCGAUGCACGAGCAGCGGGUGAUGCAGCCUGGAGCAAAUGUUGUUCGUAGGGCUCGCUCAGCCACCGUUAUGGAGGUUGGACCUUAUCCGCAGAAAUCUCACUCGUGUCCUAUCCCUACAUGUGCUCGUCUGUUCAAGCGUCUCGAGCACCUCAAGCGACACGUGAGAACACAUACCCAAGAAAAACCCUACAUCUGCCCUUAUUGUAGCAAAGCGUUCUCUAGAUCCGACAACCUAGCACAGCACAAGCGUACACACGACCGCGGCGAGGGCGCUGAGACCAAUCUGCCUCUUUCGGGCGAAGAGGAAGAAGAUUUUUCCAGCGAGGACCAGCUUGGCUCCCUUGGGGGGGCUUCUCCCAACUCCGAGCCAGGAUACGCAACGUCCUCAUUAAGUUCCCUUAACUCGUCGAUACCCACAUCUAAUGGCCUCUCCGGAAACGGAAUGACUCAACCGGCCUUCAGCUCUUUGCAAACGCUGAGUAUGCCCAUGACAAUGAGCACACCAACUGGAGCGAUGUAAUAGGGGUUGCGACUUGAUACUUGUGGGACGUGUUAUAAUACGGUGCGGUGCGACUGUCAGUUUGGCAGAUUAAAUACGGGGUUUAGCGAUUGAUUUACAUGAGAUACUCUAUCUAGACGCGGGAUUUGAUUUAUA